AAAGUGAUUGGAGGCCAAAAUAAGCCAUGGCAUUUCCUACAAACAUUUUCAGCACCACUUGUCCGAAUCCUAAUUUGAGUUUCCCAAUCAAUCAGCAAUUACUAAACUCAAACACAAAGUCAAAAAGGGCUUAUGUGAAAUGCAGCAGAGUUGAAGAACAGGAUUGUGGGAUACUGUGUGAAAGUUGCAGUGGCAUAGGAUGGGUUGUGUGUGAGUAUUGUAAAGGGGUUAAGACGAAUGUGAAAGGGGAGAAGAACAAGAUCUAUCGGCGUUGCCCUUCUUGCAGAGCAAUUGGAAGCGUCUUGUGUUCAAAAUGUAAGGUCUAUAAAUGUGUCACAUUCCCAGAUAUAAAUGAUGGCCUCCAAUGACCAACCAUCAUCUCUCUAUCACCUUACACUUACUUAAAGUUACAGGAUUCAUUUCAUUUUAAAACAAAUUUCAUGUCUCAAUUAUCUACUUCUUAAAUAUACUCUUUCUUUUUGUC